UCACAUCAUUACGCAUCCUGGUAGUUCGCUCUUUAAUUUCUUUAUGCUCGGAACCCUUUUGUCGAGUCUCGACAAUGGUGCUCCUGCAAUGUAUUGUCUCUACCAUUCUUCUCUUCUCGGGUGUAACAUCAGAAGGGGCAUAUUCUCCGUAUGAAAACAUUCAGCUGGAAUUUUCCAACACUCCGAAACUGAUCUACACAUCAUCCGAAUCCAACCCUGCCAUCAGUGGAUAUACUUACACAACUCAGCACAUCAACGGUGGAAGUAAUGUUAUCUUCACAACUGGUGCCGAUUCAGUGGACAGAAUGAGGAAUGGAAUGAAUUCAAUGAAAAUACCAGACGGAGAUGCACCCAAUAAACUUCAAACGAAUUUAAUAUCUUCCGAAGAACAAUCGGAAGUAAUGAAAGCUAGCACGAGCAAGCAAGAAGAUUAUAACUCGAAUGAUGCGGUAACCGUUGAAGCUAAACAACUAUCACAAAAUUCUGGAGCAGAUAACAAUCUUGUUGAACAUCAACAAGCUAGUCUUCAGCCAGUUUCCCUUGUGCGUGUGUCCCCCUAUCCCGCACUCAGAGCAAAUUUGCUGCCUAUUUCAACAUAUCAUGUACCGUCGAAUUUACAAACCCAAUUUUAUUCCUCAAAUUCUCAUCUAGAAUUGCCUUUGUCCAAUAUUGGUUUUUACAAUCCUGCAGUGCCAUUAUUUUAUCAAGGAACAAUCGGAGUUUCUAACAACAGUUUCAAACACGCGUCUACAGUUGCGGAAGACGUGAAAGUUUCCACAAAAUCGCAAAUUACUAAAAAUUCACAAAAUGAUGCCAGGUCUGAUUCCAUAUAUUCAAAUGUAAUAAAAUCAAGAUCGUUUGAACCAAACAAAGUCGAAGAAACCAAUAGAUCUGCCACUUCUACAAAUAAAUUUGAAUCUACAGUCACAUCAUCUGAGAGAAUUAAACAGAAAACUUCAAGCAGCGAACUCGUAAAUCAUGCAGAAAAAUCUGAAAGUUCUGUUGAACAAACGAACCAAGACAAAGCAAGUAAUACCGAAUUUGAAAGCACAAAAAUAAAUCCCUCAACAAGCGCUUCUACCACCAAGAAAUGUAAAUGCGAUUGAAAUAACUCUGAGAAAAUACAUAUCCUAUUCUUCCAUUAAUAAUAAUAAGAUUAAAAUAUGGCAAACUUACUAUGUGUUUUGUGAUUGUAUAUAUAUAUAUAUAUUAUUUGAUUAUUAAAAUACUUUUUAUACUUAGCAAAUAAAUCUUACGUAUAAGAAUACCGUGUUGGAUAAUGAAAUAUAGUCUCUGCUUCAUAAAAUCAUCAGUAUAUACAUGAUUAAAUGAUUGAAAGUACUGUGCGAGAGGUUAUGUCAAUAUUAAUGCGAUAUAACACAUUGUAUGAACAUGUUCGUGAGAUUUUCUGAUGUAGAAUAAACGAGUUAAUAAGAA